AUGAAGACGCAUCGAAAGACCUCCAUCAUCCACUCCGAAGUCUGCUUGCCAUAUCUUGUGCCCAAAAAUACACAGCUUCGACAUGACCUCAACGGCAAACCAGCACCCGAAUUUGUCGAAGCAAUGGGCGAAUUCUGCGCUGCAGCUGCGAAGAACAAUCUCCCAGUCUUUGGAGGUGCUUUGUCGCUUGAUCAGGUUCCUAUGCUGAUUCAAACUGGUGCUCGGAAUAUUUUUGUGCAGUUUGAUAUUUGGGUGUUUAGUAGGAUGAUGGAGGAGUCGUUGAAUCAGGCGGUGUAUAGGAAGCAGUUUGAGGGUAGCCCGAGUGCUGGAUUGUCGAAUGGGCAAGGGAAGGCGGAGUAG